AUGGCAGAGCAGCCCUGCCCGGCGCCUGCCGCCAGCCCUCCCCGGCAGGGCACGGCCCCCCACCCGGGUCCCAGAGCCAGCCUCGCACCCCCGGGGCCCCAAACCCACCCCAGGGACAAAUGGAGCAAAAAAAUGGAUUUCCUCCUCUCGGUCAUCGGAUUCGCUGUCGAUCUGGGCAACAUCUGGCGAUUCCCUUACAUCUGCUACCAAAACGGAGGGGGAGCCUUUCUCAUCCCGUACACACUGAUGGCUGUUUUCGGAGGGGUGCCCCUCUUCUACAUGGAGCUGGCCCUGGGGCAGUUCCACAGGACGGGCGCCAUCCCCAUCUGGAAGCGCAUCUGCCCCAUCUUUAAAGGCAUUGGCUUUGCCAUUUGCAUCAUUGGCCUGUAUGUCUCCUUCUACUACAACACCAUCAUCGCCUGGGCUCUCUACUACUUCUACUCAUCCUUCUCGGGCACCCUGCCCUGGGCGAGCUGCGACAACCCCUGGAACACGCCCGACUGCACCAACUACUUCGGGAGGAGCAACGUGACCUGGACCAACUUCUCCAGGUCCCCCGCCGAAGAGUUUUAUACGAGGAAGGUCCUGGAGGUCCAGAAGUCCGGGGGUCUCUAUGACAUGGGGGGAAUCCACUGGCAGCUGCUCCUCUGCCUCUUCCUCAUCUUCACCGUCGUCUACUUCAGCCUGUGGAAAGGGGUGAAAACCUCCGGGAAGCCUGCCUGUUGCUUCUCCUGCCAGGUUUGGGUUGAUGCUGCUGCGCAGAUUUUCUUCUCCUUGGGCCCUGGAUUCGGUGUCCUUCUUGCUCUCGCCAGUUACAACCAUUUCCACAACAACUGCUACCGGGACGCACUCAUCACCAGCACGGUGAACUGCCUCACCAGCUUCCUCUCGGGCUUCGUCAUCUUCACCGUGCUCGGCUACAUGGCUGAGAUGAGGGACGUGGAGGUGGAGGAUGUUGCGAGAGAUAAAGGGCCAAGCCUCCUUUUUAUCACCUACCCUGAAGCAAUCGCCAACAUGGUGGGAUCCACCUUCUUUGCCAUCAUAUUCUUCCUGAUGAUGAUAACGCUGGGGCUGGACAGCACGUUUGGGGGCUUGGAGGCUGUGAUCACAGCUGUGAUGGACGAGUACCCCCAGGUCCUGGCCGGGCGACGGGAGCUCUUUGUCCUCGGCCUUAUCACAGUCUGUUUCCUGGGCUCCCUGAGCACUCUCACCUACGGGGGAGCCUACGUGGUGAAGCUGCUGGAGGAGUUUGGUGCUGGCUGCUCAAUCCUGGCAGUGGUGCUACUGGAAACGAUAGCUGUCUCCUGGUUUUACGGGAUACAGAGGUUCUCCCACGACGUGAAAGCCAUGCUGGGCUUCACCCCAGGCAUGUUCUGGAAGGUGUGCUGGGUCGCCAUCAGCCCUGCCUUGUUAGGGUUCAUAGUCGUCAGCUCCCUCCUGGACCAGCCACCUCUGACACUCUUUGACUAUCAGUACCCGCAGUGGAGCAUCUCAGUGGGGUACCUCAUAGGAGCAUCGUCCUUCAUCUGCAUCCCCUUCUACAUGGUGUACAAGCUCGUCUGGACGCCAGGGUCUCUCAAGCAGCGCCUCGCCAUCUGUGUUCGGCCGGAGAAAACAACGCGAGACCCCCAAGCAGAGGCGGGGCCCCACCGCAGGAAGCCAAGGGCCAAACUCCUCCGGUUUGGAGGUGAAGCCCGACUCCCUGUGAAGACGGAGGCGCAGCUGCGAGUUCCGCAGCAGAGGGAUUGCUGUCCGACGGUACAAGCCGUGAACGCACCUUGCCUAGAGACGCUCACGACCUUGCUGCGCAAACCUGCCUGGUUGCUGCUGGGCAGCAUCCUCAGCGCCCUGCUGCUCACCAUCAUCCCGAUGGCCGUCUGCGUCUACAAGCCCGUCCGACGGCGGUAG